UCCGAGUCUGUCGGGAUGUUGCCACACGCCGAUCACUGGGCUAUGCCUACAUAAACUUCCAGCAGCCUGUGGAUGGUACGCUCCCUGUAACACAGCCCCAAGGAGCUGCCUCGCGACAGGGGCUUGGGGCAUGCAAGAGAUGGAAGGGCAGGCAGUGGAAAAGGGGGGAGCAGUUGUCUGAAUGGAUGCAUCAGCUGUUGGGGCUUGGGCAAUAUUCUGCUGAUGUUGAGUUUUGGUUGUAACUAAUCCCAGUGUGCUCUCAGAUGGUGACCCAUCCCGCUCCCAUCCCUUCUUAAGGACUGGGAGAGGAUGCAGCAGCUGGGCUUUGGGCUCGUGGGGGGAGGAAGGUGACUUGCAAGAGUCACCUCCCUCCAAAAGCUGAUGGAGAAGGGCACCAAAACUCCUUCUGCCCUUCCCCAGGGCAGCCAGCUGCCUGCUGGCUCACGGUGUGAAGUGAAGCCCCUCUCCUGGCAGGCAUCGCAGUGAUACAGUGCUGUAACCGAAAGGUGUUUCAUGCUGGAGCGAGGCAGUGGUGAUGGGAAGGUGUUGCCCUGGAGACCAAAAUCCUUACUGGGUAAAUGAGUUGGGCAUCUGCCAAACUGGAGCUUGCGGUGAAAUGGAUGAUCCCGUGGGAGUCAGACAUGCUUUGGGGGAGGAAGGAAGGAGUGGUGUGGGUGGAGGGGAGGAGAGCAGCCCUUACCUGGCCCUGCUGCCCUGGGAGGCAGAGCUGCCUGUCUCAUUUAGGUUAACGAGCCUCUGUCCAACAGUAUCCCUGAUUCCUGUGCCCAUCUCAGCUGCUGUAGGAUGGGAAGGAGAUCUGUUUCUGUUACCCUCCUCUCUUCCCCCUGUACUCACUUCUUUACCAGCUGAGCGAGCCCUGGACACCAUGAACUUUGAAGUGAUCAAAGGCCGUCCCAUCCGCAUCAUGUGGUCCCAGCGGGACCCCGGGCUCAGGAAAUCGGGGGUUGGAAACGUCUUCAUCAAGAACCUGGACGACUCCAUUGAUAACAAAGCCCUGUACGACACGUUCUCUGCCUUCGGAAACAUCCUGUCGUGCAAGGUGGUUUGUGAUGAAAACGGAUCCCGUGGCUAUGGCUUUGUUCACUUUGAGACUCACGAGGCAGCGACUCGGGCCAUCGAGACCAUGAAUGGGAUGUUGCUCAACGAUCGGAAGGUAUUUGUUGGCCAUUUCAAAUCCCGCAAAGAGCGUGAGGCAGAGUUUGGGGCUAGGGCGAUGGAGUUCACCAACGUCUACAUCAAAAACUUUGGGGAUGACAUGGAUGACGACAGACUGCAGGAAAUAUUCUCCAAGUUUGGAAAGACGCUAAGUGUCAAAGUCAUGAUGGACAACACUGGCCGCUCAAAGGGCUUUGGAUUUGUCAACUUCGAGAAGCACGAAGAAGCCCAGAAGGCGGUAGCCGACAUGAACGGGAAGGAGAUCAAUGGGCGGAUAGUGUAUGUGGGCCGAGCCCAGAAGCGGCUGGAGCGCCAGAGCGAGCUGAAGCGGAAAUUUGAGCAGAUCAAGCAGGAGCGAGUGAGCAGGUACCAGGGGGUCAACCUGUAUGUGAAGAACCUGGAUGAUGGGAUAGAUGAUGAGAGGCUGAGGAAGGAGUUCUCUCCUUACGGCACCAUCACCAGUGCCAAGGUGAUGACAGAGGGUGGCCACAGCAAAGGGUUUGGGUUUGUAUGUUUUUCCUCCCCAGAAGAGGCUACCAAGGCCGUGACGGAAAUGAACGGACGAAUCGUCAGCACUAAGCCCCUCUACGUCGCGCUCGCUCAAAGGAAAGAGGAGCGGAAAGCAAUCCUCACCAAUCAGUACAUGCAGAGAUUAGCCACCAUGAGGGCCCUGCCUGGCCCUCUCCUGGGCUCCUUCCAGCCCCCCCCCGGGGUACUUCCUACCCCCCAUCCCGCAGCAGCAUAUCCUGCAGCUACCCCCAUCCUGAGGGCUGCCGUGCCGCCUCGGCGCCUGCUGUCCAACAUCAGCACUAUGAGACAGGCCUCCACCCAGGUGCCCCGCGUGCCCCCCCAGGCCCAGAGAGUGGCCAACAUUGGGACGCAGACGGUCAGCACCCGGGUGCCCUCCUCGCCCACCCUGCCGCGGGGUGCCCCGCAGUACAAGUACUCCUCAGCUGUCAGGAAUGCCCAGCCGCCCGUGGUGGCCCCGCAGGCGGGAGAACCUGCUGUGCAUGUCCAGGGGCAGGAGCCGCUGACAGCAUCCAUGCUUGCAGCAGCCCCUCCUCAGGAGCAGAAGCAAAUGAUAGGUGAGCGCCUGUACCCUCUGAUCCAUGCAAUGCAUCCCUCGCUGGCUGGCAAGAUCACUGGGAUGCUGCUGGAGAUUGAUAACACCGAGCUGCUGCUGCUCCUGGAGUCCCCCGACUCCCUGCACGGCAAGAUCGAGGAAGCAGUGGCUGUUCUCCAAGCGCACCAGGCUACCGAGACAUCGCACAAGAGCAGCACCACGGCAUUCCUGCAGUGACCCCGGACUUCAGGACUGAUAGCGAGCCCUGAGAACAUUGCCUUUGAAGAACAGCAGCGGCAAGCCCACCAUGCUUUUGGAAUCGUGCCCGUACAGUGACCCUGGCUUGUCUUCAGUGCCCCAUCCUAUUUUUUUGUGUGUAUUGUAAACCUUGCAGAAUUUCUUCCUCCUGCACCUGUAAAAAAAUUCCCACAUUAAUUCUUUUCUCGCCACUGAAAGCAUCUUGUGAAAAUGCAGUGUGGAACCUAGUCUGGUUCAGUUGCCCAGGAAAUGACAAGUGCUGAUCAUCAUUUUUAGUGAAUUUAUUGAGUUCUGUAGUUUUAUUUGUUCCCGUAGCUGACACUAAUAAAGAACUGAUGCUUCCACCCCCAAAGCAUGGGUUAGUUCCCUUUGCAGAAAGACAGCAAAUACUUUUUCUCUGUUUCAUGCAGGUGGAGGGAUUGACUUAGGUCAGGCUGCUGUAAUUAGUGUUUGAAGCUUGUGAU